AUGUCCUCGUCGUCGUCCAAGAAGCAGCAGCCUCUGACCCCCGGCAUGCAGGCGAAGUCCAACGCGUGGAUUAACGUCUUGGAGCACCAGUUUUUGAGAAAACUCGGUCUGACGGCGCGUCCCCGUCCGCAGAGGCCCGUGCGGGUGCCCGACAAGCUGAAGACCCUGUACGGGCAGCUGUCCUCAUUCGACGCCGACAGCGGUCACUGGACGACGAAGACCUCGGCGCCGAUGUGGAGCUCGGCAAGAACCUUCGAACCGGAAGGUACGUACGCUUUGCGUGUUCGCUUUCUCGUUCAGCACUUCCUUCGCGUUCGUCCGGUCGUUCACUGCAUGCACCACUGCGCGCAGCCGUCAAUUAAUUAUAAGUAA